CUAUCUGCCGCCGAUGGUUGCCCAUACUCAGAAGAUUCUCAUUCUCUUUACCAGAUUUUCAAAUUUUUUAAAAAAAUUCAAAAACCUUAUAUUUAUAAUUUUAAUAUAAAUAAUUUUAAUAUUGUUAUUAUUAUUAUUAUUGUUGUCAUUUAUGUUCUGUUAGCAAUCUUAUUCAUUAACGAAUGAAUUGAUUGCUGAAGGAGACGCGACUAUCAUUUUCGUCACAUUUAGAAAAGAAAAAAAAAAAAAGCUUAAGUUCUGGCAAAAAACGAAAGGAAGAAAGAAAUGUUGUGUCGCAAAAAUUCGAGUUGUGAGGAGACAGGAUCAGUACCAGUGUAUCUCAAUGUGUAUGAUCUAACACCAAUUAAUGGCUAUGCAUAUUGGUUUGGACUUGGGGUGUAUCAUUCUGGUGUUCAAGUUCAUGGGGUUGAAUAUGCGUUUGGAGCUCAUGAGUAUCCAACGACGGGAAUAUUUGAAGCAGAACCUAAACAAUGUGAUGGGUUCACGUUUAGGAAAUCAAUUUUGAUUGGAAAAACAGAUUUGGGGCCUGCAGAUGUGAGGGGAGUAAUGGAGGAUCUAGCAGAGGAGUACAAAGGGAAUGCCUACAAUUUAAUCACCAAGAAUUGUAACCAUUUCUGCAAUGAUGCUUGUGUCAGAUUGACUGGGAAUCCAAUCCCGAGUUGGGUUAAUCGGCUUGCUAGAAUUGGCUUCUUCUGCAACUGUGUUCUUCCGGUGACCUUAAAUGCAACCAAAGUCCGGCAUCAUAGAAUUGAAGACAAGCCUUGUGAAGCAGAGAAGAAGAAACUGACAAGCAGCUCUAACAGAUUCACAUCUUCUUCAAAUUCUUCUUCAUCUUCAAAUUCAUCGCCUUCCAUCACUCAAACUCGCGGUAGAAGCAGAAGCAGACGUUCGCUGCCUCCAUCUUCACCUUUGAUUCUUGGACCUUCAUCAUCUUGAUGAUAAAAAAUUGGGCAGUGUAAUUGAAUCAAAUGCUCACAAGAGGAGCCCCCAAAAGAAAGAAAAAAAAAAGCAAAGCAAAGCAAAUCAUUGAUUUUUUUUGCAUUCUUUUCUUGUGAUUUUUAUGAUGCUAACGGUUGUCUUGAGAAAUCUUUGCAGGCAUGAUAUAUCUGUACAUGUGUAUGUUAUCAAUUUUUUGGGGAAAGUGAUGUUUUGUGUCUGCAAAUAUCAUCACAACUUGAUCUCCUCCUCCUGUAGCCAGAAAAUGUUGUUCCCUUUACCAUUUGAAUUGCCUUGGAAGCAUGGGGAUGUUCAUUAGGCCUAUAACCCCCUUCCUUUCACAUUUGCAAAACAAUGUAAUUUGAACUAGUCAUGAAUCGACCAAGUCAUUAUUAUCUCUAA